GACAUGAGUAUUCCCUGCUAAAGAAAGAGGAAGCUUUCAGCUCCAUUCAAAACAAGAUCAGUCUCCUGCAGGAGCCGGCGGAGGUAACGAUGCUCCUGAAAAGCUUGUGUCUGGCCCUUCUCCUCCCGGCCCUGGCGGAGGCUCAGUAUGAGCGGUACAGCUUUAAAAGUUUUCCUCAGAAGGACAUCAUGCCGCUGGACUCUUCCUAUAACUACGCGCUGGAGCAGUACGGGCAGCAGAACUGGGCAGAGAGCAUCAAGUACCUGGAGCUCAGCCUGCGUCUCCACCGGCUGCUACGGGACAGCGAGGCUUUCUGCAGCCGCAACUGCAGCUCCGUCAGCCGGGACAACGACACCCUGUUCACCGACAGCAGCCUCCGCGUCGUGCGCCACAUCCUGCUGAGGGCUGCGUGUCUUAAAAAGUGCAAGGCGGAUUUUCCAGUGUUUCAACUCAGUUAUCCGCGGAGGGAUUUACUGGAAACUUUCGACAAAAGGGUGCCGUAUCGGUACAUACAGUAUGCAUACUUCCAGCUUAACAACUUGGAGAAAGCUGUGUCAGCGGCCCACACCUUCCUGAAGAAGAACCCAACUGAUCCCUACUUGACCAAGAACAUGAAGUACUACAAGACACUCUUUGAUGUGGAAGAAUAUCUCAUUGACCACGAGGAGCAGCCGUAUGAAAGUGUUUUCCUGAAAAGUGUGACACUUUACAACAACGGAGACUUCAGCAGCAGUGCCCGAAGUAUGGAGCAGGCCAUCACGCAGUACUUUGAAAUAUACAGUCUCUGCUUAGCGGGCUGCGAGGGCUCAUAUGAAAUCAUAGAGUUCAAAGACUUCUAUCCCACUCUGGCAGAUCUCUACACCAAUGUGCUGAAAUGUAAGGUAAAAUGUGAAGAGCACCUGACACCCAGCGUGGGAGGCUUCUUUGUGGAGAAGUUCGUAGCCACCAUGUUUCACUACCUCCAGUUCUCCUAUUAUAAAUUGAAUGAUGUAAAGAACGCUGCUCCGUGUGCAGCCAGUUACAUGCUGUUUGACAAUAAAGACCAGGUGAUGCAGCAAAACAUAGCGUACUAUCGCUUCUACCGGGAGCAGUGGGGACUUGAGGAGAAAGACUUUCAGCCUCGGCCCGAGGCCCUGACGUACUUUAACGAGACAACCAAGCAGAAAGAGAUGCUGGAGUUUGCACUGAACUAUCUACUAACAGACGAUGAGGGCGAAGUUAGUCCAGAAGAAACGGUCUCCUCUCACUCGGAGCAUCCUGAUGCUGAGUUUGAGGGCAUGGGAGACUAUGAGGAGUCCUUCCUGGCUGAGUGGUGGCAAGAACCCAAAACUAAGUGGGACACCGGAGAAGUCGCUGACUGACAUCUGUCCUUGUCUCCUGUCCAGCUUAGUCCAACCUGUCACAAUAACAAACCAAAGAAUGUUAACCAUACAGACAGACAACAACAACAUUCCCGACAGUAUUUAGCAGGAAAAGCACAACUGUGUACUCUCACCCAGCUGAAGGAUAGAACUCAUCCGACAUGUUGAUCAAGAUCAGAGAUCGACUUAUUCUGUCUUGGCUGUCAUCAGCCUUUUUAAACUGUUAUUUUUAUAACCAGUCAUUGGCCUGUGUAUCAAUACUCAGUCAUUGACUUUUCUAGUUUUAUUUCCAGUUUUUAUUUAAUGAAAGCUGAAUGCCUCUGUGCCGUGGUGUAAGGAAUGAACUAUUUCUUAUGCUGAAUGAUUUUUCUAUCACCAACUGGGGUUUUGUUGUAUUAAUUUGCUUCUAAUUAAAGAAAUAUUUUAAUAUACUUUGUUUUGCUUGUGUCAUCUAAUACUAAGAUGAUCAAAAAUAAAGG